AUGAUAAGCAGUGGAGGGCAUAGCACCCUCACAGUUGGGCCUUUUUCCCUGGGCCUUCGUGUAGCCUGUAGUAGAGUAAGGCAGUUUGGCAACCCGACGAUAGCCAUGCGACGCCAAUACCUCGACCUGGGCAUAUUUGCCCUUCUUUGCAUUCCAUUCUCAGCAGCUCUCCCCGUCAAUGACGACAAGGCCCUGGUAAGACGCCCGAAAUUCGAAGUCGCCGCUGUUCCGGCUCGAGAAUAUGCUCCCCCGGCUCAGGAAUAUGCCGGCCCACCCCCGCCGCAGGUGCCGUCGCCACCCCCUGCGCCAGAUCUGCGGGCGGCACAGGGCCGAAGCGUACGGGUGAACGCAUACACCUUCGUCCUUAACGGCCGGCAAACCCGCCUGCCUCCGCUCUAUCCGCCCGGCCCGGGCCCGAUGCCCUUUGCAGCUCCGGUCAACAUGUACCCUCCUACUCCUUCCCGGCAGGGCAAUACAUAUGCGAGCCGUCCGGCCGCUGCCAAAGCCCCAGAGAAUAUACAAACCAUCCGACUCUUUUGGAAGACGGAAGAGGACAAGGUGCAGCAGAGCCUGAGGCCACAGGACAAUAUUGAGGAUUUCCCAACCGGCAGCCUCUACGAUUGGGUUAAGAAGUCGGCGAGGGCUGCCGAGAUAAUGUAUACAAAGGACUUUGGGACGGAUUUUGAACUCUGGACGCACGUCGGGAUUAGAAUGGAUCCAGUAGAUGGGACGACAACAGAGAACGUGUCUCAAGGGAUGCCUGUCCUCGAACCACUUUACCCAGCCCUCUUUAUCCGGGGCACUCUGCCGCGCCAGACUUGCUCUCGAUCAUGA